AUACUAUUCUUCCUCUCGGGUAAGACUUGUAAAUGUUGAACCUUUAGUCACGAGUACUCGUCUUUGUCUUUUGUCAUUUUUUGCUUCGAGCUAAGAUCAGUGAAGAGAAAAGAUGGGAAGAUGUUUAACGAAGAAGGUGUUUUUGAUUCAGAGUCCGAUCUUGUUUCUUCAUCUCCUGAUCUCUUUAUCGUCCGGUUAGUAUUAAAUCUUAGGGUUCUUCUUUUGUUGUCACAUUUGAUCUGUUGGUUAGAUUUCAGAAAUGGGUACCGAAGAUAUUGAAUUUUAUAAUCGAAAGUUUCAAUCUUUUUUGUUUUUGUCAUUUGGAUCAUCUUGACUCGUUUGAUGCAAAGCAACUUGUUUAGGAAUUGGAUUUUGUGUUGUUCCUCAGCUAUCUUAGUUUUGGGAUUGUUAAGAGAUGGGACUUUGGUGAAGUGUUCAUUUUGAGUGAAGUGUUCGGUUUUGGUGGUUGUGUUUGCUUAAGAAUGGUUGUAGAACAAUGUUUUCAGGUGCAGUGAAACCGGAUUUGAAAGGAGUAUGUGUUUCUAAAGGAGGGAGGUUUCCGCCAUAUGAGUUGGAAGGGAAGCCUCCUAAGUCUGUUGGUAGGGGAUCCAAGGAUCUUACUCUGUGCCGGGUGUUUCGUAAAAAGACUUGUUGUUCUUCUGUUCAGACUAACCCGGCUUUCGUAGCUGUUAGAAACCUGGCUACUUAUGGAGAAGCUAGUCAAGAAUGCUUGGAGUUGUUUGAGUUAUUGGAGUGUUCAAUCUGUAACCCAAAUGUUGGAAUUCAACCGGGUCCUCCUCGUAUAUGCGCCUCGUUCUGUGACAGAGUCUUUGAAGCCUGCAAAGAUGCAUACUUUGCCAGUAAUGCACUUAAACGGGUGAUUGGCCCUUGUGGAGUAAACGACGACAUAAUCUGCAUUAAGGCCUCAAAUUGGGAAUCCAAUGGCACAUCAUUCUGUGAAGCAGCUGGUUUUGCUGUUCAAAGGAAUGAUGAUUCUAGAGAAAAACCGUGCUACGGAAGCAAAGCAAGUCUAGAAUCAGUAGUGGAAUCAUGGUCAAGAGACUCUCGAAAGGAGACGCCUUUAAAAACUGAGACUUUGUCAUGUUUUAAAGAUCUUCUCCAAUGGGUUCGCGAAAUGACAACGAUUCAGAAAAUUUCUUUGGGAAUGUCGUUUCUUAUAGCAGGAAUGUUCUUGAUCAGGCAAUCUAAUAACCGUAAUCAGAAGCAGCGACUAGCUGCGAUUCAGAGGACCGCUAGAAGAUUGAGAGGGAACGGGAACGGGGAUUCAUACAGUGCAGCUAUAAAUAGAAGAACAAGCUCUGAUUAAGCUUAUGGAAUGAAUAUUUUACAGUAGUUUGUAAAAGCCAUGAAUUUAACUGUUAUCAAUAGUAAAGGCUUGUCUCAUGUGAAAUUUUGCCAAAUGCGACAAGAAGUGUGUUGUACUGUUCUGUCUUUUUAUACUGAUAAAAUUAGGGACAAGUAAAAUAUAACUUUGGCAAUGGACAAAUGAAGAAAAUGUGGA